CCUCCCAGAAGAAGAAGAGAUAGCCACGGUCGUGUCCGGCGGCAUCUCCACCGACCACCGCUGCUGGAAGGAGGAAAUUCACUUCAUCGACCGGAAUCUCUAUCGUCACCGACGCUAAAAGCUGCCGGAAGGAAAAAAAUGUCUAUUCUAUCCUUGCAUUCUCUCAUUUUCAGCGUUAAAACCACUUCUAAAUCCUACUGUUUCACUUCAUUUCUUCCUUCUUUUUCAAUCUCAAGCUCUAAAUUUAGAAAACUUUCACAAUUUUCAACUCAUUCAUCAUUCGAUGAUUCUCGAGAUUUUUUUGUACCAAAACCCAAGCAAAACGAUGAUGAUUCUGAUGAUAAACCAUUCUCAUUUGUUGAUGAAUGGGGCGAGAGGUCGAAACCGGAGCUCCGACCCAUGACGAAGUUAUCGGAAUCGGAUCCUCCUAUUGACGUAGACGAAUGGGGUAGAGCUGAGCUAGGGAUCAACAACUCUUCAAGGAUUGAAGAUGAGUGGGGCGAGAAGUCGUUUCCGGAGCUCCGACCCGCGAAAACGGUAUCGGAUUCGGAUCCUCCUAUUGACGAAGACGAAUGGAUCGGUGCUAAGCUAACAGGCAACGACAACAUUGGUAGAGUUAGAAAUCAGGGUGUUUUCGAACCCGAAUCGAUGGAGGAAGAUGGAUGGGACGAAGCUGAGGUAGUGGGGAGAAUCAAUGCAGGUGUUGAAGAAGACGAGAGACUUGCAGAGAUGAAAAGGUGCUUAAUUGACACGGUCUAUGGAACAGAUUUUGGGCUCAGGGCCUCAUCCGAGGUUCGAGCUGAGGCUCUGGAGCUGGUUGCUAAGUUGGAGGCAGCAAAUCCAACUCCAAAUCCAGUUGUAUUGCUUGACGGGUACUGGAUUUUAGUGUUUACUGCAUUUUCUGAGCUGUUACCUCUUCUGGCUGUGGGCACCAUUCCUUUGUUGAAGGUCGAAAAGAUUAGUCAAACAAUUAGUAUGAGCAGCCUUACCAUAGAGAACUCAACUACAUUGUCAAGCCCUGUAGCCACCUCGUCUUUCAGUGCAACUGCUGUCUUUGAAGUUCAGAGUCCAUCAAGAAUACAGGUUGAAUUCAAAGAAGGGACAUUUAAGCCUCCGGAGAUCAAGUCAAAAAUAGAUCUGCCAGAAAACAUGGAUAUCUUUGGCCAAAACAUUAGUUUGUCACCUCUACAGCAAUCUCUGGGACCUCUAGAAAAUGCUGUGGCAGGUAUAGCCCGAACUAUUUCUGGUCUGCCUCCUCUCAAGGUUCCAAUUCCAGGUGAGAGGACAAAAUCUUGGCUUAUUACAACAUACCUUGACAGUGAUCUCCGGAUUUCUAGAGGAGAUGGCGGGCUUUUUGUUCUCGUUAAGGAAGAGAGUUCUCUUCUGGAUCAGUAGCAAGGUCCGACCCUGUAUGUAUAUGAUAUGUAGAGGUCCUUGGAGCUUCACAUAUACAAUACAUAGCUGUAAAGCGAUAUACAUCUUGUCUUUUUAAUCUAUAAUGCCAUUUGUAUAGCCAUUACUCAGAGGAAAGAAACUGAAAAUUGGAAAAUUAAGAGCAUUUGCAUAUAAUAUAUGUUAUUUUGAA